AUGGCGAUGGCGACAAUGGGGCUAAGAGCCAAUGCAGAGGAGCUGGCUAGAGAUGCACUCCAUGCAAACAACAUUACGCCAUCGAUUGUACAGCAGGUGCUGGGCCUCAUCCGAAUGCGGAGCUCGUCGAGCCGGAAGAAGGUCAUGCCCGAAGGCGCGGACAGCGUCAAAGGCAUGGUGCUGGGGCUCUUCGUCCGAGGAAACCAGGUCGAGCUCACGAAGGCCUCAAAGGACUACCCCUUCGUCACGAAGCUUCUAGCGACCUUCUGUCAGCAGAGCCGGCCGAUGUUCCCCUUCACCUCCAUGCAGGUGAACCUGGACAACGAAACGCAGCCGCAUACCGAUGGGAACAACGUGCUGGCCAGCCAGAUCUGGGGCUGUGGGAACUAUCGAGGCGGCGAUUUGUUUGUGGAAGAUGUGCGUGGAAACAAGCAGGUCACUUUGAAGAAGGACGUGGCUGCCGGGUAUCCCAAGGGCACCUCCAUCAGAGGCUUCGAUGUGAACGUCAAGAACUGCUUCUAUGAGUUCCCAGGUCAGAAACUUCACUUCACCCGCCCGUUUACUGGCACCCGCUUGACUGUGGUCUACUACACAGUGGCGCGAUUCGAGGAAGCCACCCCGAAUACUCGCAUCGCUCUGGCCGAUGCGGGCUUUGCCUUCAGCUUCACCAAUGUUGCGAUGAUGGUCCAGCAGACCGCCCGUGGCACCAAGCGCAGACGGCCGGUGCCAAGCACGGCCCCAGAGCCCUCCCAUGCGAAGUUGGAGGGUGCGAGAAAGGCCACGUGGGAGCUCUUGCGGGUGAAUUCCAACCAGAAGGGUGGCGGAGGGACCAAAGCAUUCCGUGAGGGCAUGGCGAAGCUUCGAAGAAAGGUGCGCUUGGCAUUGGAUGAUGCUUCCUGUGCAGCGAUCGAGGUGAUCCUCACUGCCGCGGAGAAACACUUUGAGGCGAAGACACCAGGCAGUUGGCGACGCUUUCUGCCGCGGGUGCUGGAGAUCUUAGGGGUGCCGAAGGCGGAUCAGCAGGAGGCGGAAGGGGUGGCCAACUCGCAGUACCACGGCCUGGAGCCCGUGAAGAAGGCGGUGCGGCAGGCCCGCCAGAAGCGGCGCCAGCUGGAGCAAGAAACCAACGAGCGCCUGUAG